AUGUCUUCGUCAACUACCCAAUCCGGCUCAGUCCUGCUGCUCGGCGGCACAGGAAAAGUUGGGAGCCGCAUCGCGCCGCUGCUCCACGGUGCCGGGAUCCCCUUCCUGGUUGCAUCGCGAUCCGGGAGCGCGCCUAACGGCUACACGGGCGUCAAGUUCGACUGGGAAGACGAAUCGACUUGGGAGCCGAUCUUUUCGACUCCCAUCUCGGCUAUCCACCUCGUUGCACCUCGCGGAGAAGCCCAGGAUGCCAUAAAGAAAUUCGUAGACCUUGCAAUUUCCAAGGGCGUCCGGCGCUUCAUACUGCUGAGCGCCAGCAUAGUUGCCGAGGGAGGACCGCUAGUAGGCAAAGUGCACACGUAUCUGCGGGAGCUUGGCGAGGCGGGCAAGAUCGAGUGGGGCGUGCUGCGUCCGACUUGGUUCCAAGAAAACUUCCUAUCAGAGCACCACCUCUCAGCCCUGAAGAAGGAGAACAAGAUAUACUCCUCCACCGGAUCCGGCCUCAUCCCCUGGAUCUCAGCCGGCGACAUCGCCGCCGUCAGCUUUCAUUUCCUCACGGCGCCGCAAGCCCCUAACACCGACCACUACAUCCUGGGCCCAGAACUUCUCACGUACGCCGACCUGGCGGAAAUCUUCUCCUCAGUCCUCAACCGCAAAAUCACGCACGUGGACCUCACCGAGGCCGAGCUCAUCGCGCGCUGGGGCAGCGUCGGCCUACCGGCCGAGUACGCAGCGGUGCUAGCGUCGAUGGACACGGCGGUGCGGCACGGGUCCGAGGAGCUGACCAGCGACGCCGUGCGCGCCGCCACCGGCCGGGAUCCCCGCGCGUUUAGGGAUUUCGUCGAGGCGAACAAGGGGACUUGGACGCAGAGUUAG